AGAAGUAAGUAAGGAAGGACACAUAACCUCCAAAAGAAGCUAAAAUGCAUAUAUAAGCGUAGUCAAACAAAGCCAAAGUCAAACAAUAAAACUUUGGACUUCACUACCGAGCCAUGGUGAAUUUCAACUCAGCCGUUAACAUACUUGUGGUGGUCCGAGUUAGCCCGCCGUCUUCUAACUCGCUAACACUCCCACUCACUUACUUUGACUUAGGUUGGCUCAAACUCCACCCCGUUGAUCGUGUUCUUUUCUACCGCGUCCCCGAGCUGACUCGCUGUUCUCUCAUCACUCAAAUCAAGUCCUCUCUCUCAGUCACGCUCCUCCACUAUCUCCCGCUCGCCGGCCGCCUCGUGUGGGACUCAAUCGACACCAAACCGUCCAUUGUCUAUUCUCCUAACAACGACGAUGCCGUGUAUCUCACGGUAGCUGAGUCUAAUGGUGAUCUUUCCCAUUUCGCCGGAGAUAAACCUCGCCCCGCCAUCGAUUUUCAUCCUUUAGUCCCUGAGUUAUCGGUUUCCGACGAAUCGGCUGGCGUUCUCGCCGUUCAAAUAACGUUUUUUCCCAACCAAGGGUUUUGUCUCGGCGUAACCGCACAUCAUGCCGUUUUAGACGGAAAAACAACAGCCAUGUUUCUCAAAGCAUGGGCUCACAACUGUAAACAAGAACAAGAAUGUGGUCACAUUGCUCUGCCUCUGCCACAUGAUCUAAUCCCUUCUUUAGAUCGUACCAUUGUUCAAGACCCAACGGGACUCGAGACAAAACUCUUGAACCGGUGGAUAUCAGCUUCCAACAACAAACCAAGUUUAAAACUGUUUCCUUCCAAAAUAAUCGGAUCCGACAUUCUCCGAGUCACGUACCGGUUAACUCAAGAAGACAUCAAGAAGCUACGUGAACGAGUGGAGACCGAGUCACACGCUAAGCAGCUCCGUUUGUCGACUUUUGUCAUCACUUACGCUUACGUUAUAACAUGCAUGGUGAAGAUGCGUGGAGGUGACCCGACCCGGUUUGUGUGUGUCGGUUUUGCAUCAGACUUCCGGUCCCGGUUAAACCCUCUGUUACCGUCGACAUUCUUCGGGAACUGCAUUGUCGGGUCAGGAGACUUCGACUUCGACGUGAAAGCAGAACCAAUUUUGGGAGAAGGAGAAGGAAAAGGUUUUAUCUCGGCGGUCAAGAGUUUUACCGGAUGGGUCAACGGAUUGUGUCCGGAGAAUAUAGAGAAGAAUAUGCUUUUGCCGUUCGAGGCGUUUAAGAGGAUGGAACCGGGAAGACAAAUGAUUUCGGUUGCCGGGUCGAACCGGUUAGGGAUUUACGGGUCUAAUUUUGGGUGGGGAAAACCGGUUAAGGUAGAGAUUGUGACGAUUGAGAAGGAUGGUUCGGUUUCAUUGUCGGAGAGUGGAGAUGGAAGUGAUGGUGUUGAGAUUGGUAUUUGUUUGAAGAAAGAUGACGUGGAACGUUUUUGCUCGUUAUUUUCUCGGGGGUUGAAAUAAGAUAAAGGGUUUGUUCGAAAACUAGUACAUUUCUCAAACAUAAUUGUAAAAGUAAUACAGUUAUUAUUUACAAUUAGGAAAAUCCCCAGUUUUUACUGUUUGUGUAAUAGAUUUGGUGUGAAAUAGGUUUUGUAGUGGAAUUGGGAAAUUACAGAGAAGGGUCUGUGACUGUUUUUUUUUUUUUUUUCUCGCCAAGGCCUUUUGACGAUUUGCUUUUAUCUAACGUUUCUUCUUUCCCUCUCUCUCUUAUCGUCUCUCUUGUACAAAGCUCAAUCAUUGUUUCCCAGAGAUUGUCUAUUGGAUCAAGACUAUUUUGGAUCGAAGCUCUUAGGCUCUUGAAAGCCGACACGCCGCUAUACGAGACUAUGAUGUAUAAAUGGAGUUUGUAUAGAAGAAGUUGCAGAAGGCCCAUUAUAUAUUGGAACUUGGGUAUUAUUUGGAUUUUGGGACUUUUGCUAAUUUAAUAGAAGGUUCUUUGAGCAUGUAUGUUAAUUUUUGUAACUUAGGUAAGAAACUAAACUACAUAACAAACAAUGUCUUCAGAUAGUGCACUUGUUUUUCUUGGAUGUGUAAGGAUUCUCUGAUCUGUACAUUUAUUAACUGUUCAGUUAGUACUA